AAGAUUCCGCUGCUGAUGAAGUCUGUUCGAAGUCCGCGUUCCCCGCUGUCCUUGCUGGUUUAUGAACCUAAUCGUUGUAGGUAAUGCUGUAUGCCCCCCCCUGCUACUGGAGCUAUGUAGAGUGUCUAUAAGCUAAUCUCCUGAGGUCCUGAUCCUAGUAGCGCGUCUAUUUUAAGUAGUUUGCAACAGAAACUGAUUCCCGAAAAAUAUGGUUAUUUGCGACUGGCCAGGCGAUCGAACUUUUGCCGAAUCUCCUCGUCGAAACAGCUUAAGUCGAAGCUUACAUCUGGAAUCUAGCUGCAGUUCCUUAGAAUUCUAAAAAGGAGCAAAGGUUCUGGAGAAGACCUGGAAGGAACUAGUCCGGAGGAAGGGUGGAGCGACGCGGGAAGGGUGGAGCGAUAAACCCGAGGGAUGCUGGUUUCUGAGAAUUCUCAAGAACCAACUUACCCCGAGGGAUGCUGCAGCCAUAGCGACGCGCGCAGUGAUUGCAGCAGAAGCGACAGCGAUAACAUCUGAUGUGACAGCAGCGGGAAUGACAAUAGGAGACUUGAUUUCGUGAGGAGUCGACGCACGGCUACCAGGGGACUGAGCAGACUAAGCAUGGGAGGAUGACGUCAUCGAGGAGGGCCGAUGACGUGAGCAACAAGGGGGAGGGGGGUUCGCGGAAAGUCGUUCCUAAAGAUUCUGCGAAACGGGGUAAGAACGAGCGGGAGCAACCUGGGAAGGGUGGGUAUGGCGCCAGACAAGGGAAGAGACGAAAAGAUAAAAAAAGUCGCAGCAGCAGCAGCAGCAGGAGCCGGAGCAGCAGCAGCAGCAGCAGCAGUAGGAGCAGGAGCAGGGAUAGAGUCGAAAAUGUGAGUAGGAGGAGGGGCAGGAGUAGAGGCAGCAGCAGCAGUAGCAGCAGGGACGAUAGGCACGGCAGGAAUCCCGUUCAAGGCAAGAGUAUGAGGAGUCGAAGCAGGAGCAGGAGCAGUGACAGAUAUUACAGCAAGGGGCUGAAGAAGGGCGGCCUUGCUGCGAGGAAAACUGAUGACUAUAGCAGCAGCGGUAGCAGUAGCAGGGGAAGGGGUAGGGGCAGGAGGAGCAGCAGCAGCAACAGCAGCAGGCGCAAGGGUAGGAGCAGGAGCGGCAGCAGGGGCGGCAGCAGCAGGAGGGGUGGCAGUUGGAGCAGGAGCAGCAGUGGGAGUGAGGAUGAGGAGGAUAGACGAAGGCCCAGGGACCUGACUGCUCUGAGGAGGAAGAGAGAGAAGAAUGAGAGGGACGGGGAAGGGGAGCUCGGGAAGGGUCACCCAAAGCUCACUGCCGAGUCAUCCCACCCCUCAAGCCUGAACGUGAAGGCUCGAAGGUGGUCGUUGGAAGGGUGGGAUGGAAAGGAGGUUAGAGGAACGCCGGAGGGACUGAGGUUGGUUAGAGAGAAAGAGAGAGAGGGAGGUGCUGGGAGGAGAGAGGGGGAGCUGAAGAGGGGAGAGGGAGAGAGGGGGAGGAGAGAGGAACAGAGUGUGAGGAGGGAAGGAGAGAGGGGGAGACGGGAAGCGGAGAGGGAGAGGGGGGAAGAAGAGAGGGGGAGAAGGGAAGGCGAGAGGAACAAGAGGAAAGGAUUGCCGAACGAGGCGAUUAAGAUAGUGGAUGUGAGGGAUAUCAUCGCAUCGUCCCUUCAGGGGAGAGCCGUCCAAGAGGUGCAGGCACUAAGGGACAACCGAAGAGGAGGGGAGAGUAGAGGAGGGAAAGGAAGAGGGGAGGGUAGGGGAGAGAAGGACGGGGGAGAGAGUGGAGGAGGGAAAGGGAGAGAGGAAGGUGUGAGAGAGAUGGUGGGAGGGGAAGGGCGUUUGGGAGGCGAAUCGGCAGAACGUGAUUAUAAAAGCAGUGACCUUAGCAGGCGAAACUAUACGCCAAGGGAACAUGGCGAGAAGCACAGGGUGAGAGAAGACGAGGGUGACAAAAGAAGGGAGAGCGAGAGGGAGAGGGAUAGAAGCGCAGGGGAAGAUCACAGGGCGUGGGGAUUUGGUGAGGUGCAAAAGGAGGGAAAUGGGACAGGAGAGGCAGGGUCCAGGGAGCGGGAGAGGGAGAGCAACAGGCGUGACGCCGCAUGCUUUAGGGAAGGGGAGAGGACUCUAGGUGAUGCCCGCAUUGAGACGCCGGAAAACCGGAAGCUCGGUGGCUUCUCCGCAGAACGGUCCUCUGGGAGAGGCCGCGAGGAGUGCCUGGGAGGGCCUCCUCCUCGGUCACACGGGAGAUGGGAGGAGGAGGGGAGGUGGCGUGGGAAGGUGGAGGAAGGUAGGUGGGACCUUGGGGGUGGUGGUAGGGUGGGGGGGAGAAGAGAGGAGGGUGGGGGAAGGGAGAGGGGAAGGGAGGUGGGAAACAGGCACGAGCGACGGGGGGUGGGUGGGCGAUCGAGGGGGCAUUCCUCGGACGACGAGGAGAGGGGGGGUGAUAAGCUUGGGGACCGAUGGAGGGCGGGAGGCGAGGGAGAGAGGGAAGUUAGAGCAGAAGGCAGAACCCCGAGAGGCAGCGAGGGGGAAGGCAGGUCGUUCCAGGCAUGUCAAGAAGGGGAGGGGAGGUCGGACACGGGGGGCCAGGAGGGGGAGAGGAGGCUGGGACGGGCGUGGAACCCUGGAGAACGAGGGGGGGGCGGAGUGUUUGAUAGAGGGCAAUGGGUGGGGCGGGGAGUGGGGAGGAUGGUUAAGGAGGCAGGGGAAGGAGGGAACUCGGGAGGGCAGUAUGUGGAGAGGGAGGAUAGAUGGAGGAUGAGAGGAAUGGACGAGUGGGGCUAUGGUGGUGGUGGUGGCGGUAGAGGCUGGGGAUUUGGACGGGGUCGGGCCGAUGGUAGUCGUGAUGGUGGGCGUGAUGGUGGUGGCAGGUGGAUGGAUAGGAGAGGGGGGCGAGGAGGGCGUGGGUGGGGAGAACGAGGGGGCGGACGGUUUGAAAGCUCCUCUUCUUGUACUGCCUUUCCUCAAAGUGCCAUGGCUCUUGGUGCUCGUGAUAGCACCAUGGCAACUGGCAUAGAGAGGGGAAGCACUGGCAUUAUGCCAAUCUGCAAGAGCGAACCUGUUUGGGAGGGCAGUUUGGGUGAGGCUAAUGCCGUUUUGGACGCUCCUCCUGGCUUUGCUCCCCCUGGCUUUGCUCCUCCUGGUUUUAUGGGGGCAGUUUGCAAGAGGGCAUCAGCUGGUGAGGGGAAGCCAGAGGCGGCAGGGGGGGCGAAGGUGGGAGGAGGUGGAGGAAGGACAGAAGAAAGCACAGGAGUAGCAGGAUUAGCAGGAGCAGAAGGAGGGGGAGAGGCGGUUGAGAUGGGGGAAGGGAUAGGAGCAGCAAAUGCGUCUGUGGCAGAUAUGGGGGUGGAGAUGGGUGCAGAGGAGUGUGAUGCGUGGUGUCUGUUGGAUGAGGCGCUGGGUGCAACGAGUGGGCCAUACUCGUUCAGCGAUGUCUGCCAGCAGUUCGCAGGAGGGGAGCCUCCGGACCACAUCCUGGCCUAUCCCGAAGGCUCGGAUGCCGAGCCUAUGCCCCUGGCCCGGGUGCUGAAAGGGGAACCUUCCGUGCUGCUUCACUUCGGAGUGUCUCUUCCGUCCACCGCCCUGCUGACGUCAGCACAGCAGCCAACGCAGCAGGGAGAAACAGAGGCCCGGCAGCGGCAGCAGGCAGCAUUUGAACAGGACGCGACUCAAGAGCAGGCGACAGAGCUAGAGCAGCAGCUGCUGAAGCAGCAGCAGCAGGUAGAGUUCAGACAGCAGCAGGAGGGAGGAGCAGAGUUGCAGAGGCAGGGUAUCAGUCAUGCGGGUGGUGGAGGAGCAGGGGUAGCAGAAGCGGUUGGGAGUACUGGCACUAACACCACUGGUGGAGAUGGAUCAGUGGCAGCAGCAGCAGCGAGAGACGGAGAGAGGGAAGGCCAGAAGGGGGUGUUUGGGAAGCAAACAGAGGAGGAGGAGAGUGGGUUGUUUUGGACGUAUCUGGGGGAGGACAAAGCAGCGAAGGGCCCGUUCUCAAUCGUCAUGCUAAGAUGGUGGCUGCAGUGCGGGCACCUCAUGCCCAACCUCAUGUUGUCGGACAUUCGCAACAUGCAGUCUCCUCCCAUUUCCUUGGGGGCCUUGCUGGCCAACCUUCCACAUCAGCAGCAGCAGCAGCAGCAGCAGCAGCAAGACCAGCCACUUCCCCCCUCCCUCGACUCAAUCUUUUCCAGCUCUCUUUCGCUCAUUCGCACCCGUCUGCACGCCCUGGUGCUGGAGUCCCUGCACUGCCCCUCCUUCCUCAAUGCUGCUGUGGGCCCUCACCUCUCCACCGCCCUUGCUAACCCCGCCUCUGUGUUAUCACCAGCUAAAGCCGUUCCAGCCUCCCCUGCUGCUCCUGCUAGUGCUGGUGGUGGUGCUGGUGCUGGUGCUGGUGCAGUUGCAGCGUCUCCUGUCCCUAGCGCAUUAGGUUCUGGUGGUGCUGCUGCAUGUUUGGUUGGUGUGAAUGCUUCUGCUGCUGGUGCUGCUGCUGCUGCUGCUGCUGCUGCUGCUGAUGCUGCUGGUGCUGCUGGUGAUAGCACUCCUGCUGCCUUUCCUGUUGCUGCUGCGUUUUCUCCUCCCCCUGUUUCUCCUGCUCCUCUUGCUGGUACUGAUGCAGUGGGGUGGAAGUCACGAGUUUCACGAGAGUGGGGAGGAGGAGACUUCGAGCACGAAAGGAAGCUAGCAGAAUUGCAUAAGCGACGCGGGGGAAAAGGCGGGAGGGCAGAGGGAGGGUCAAGAGUGAAGGAGGGGGCGAGGGAAGGGGUGAAGGACCCGAAGCUGUUGUUCGAAUCGAUGGAUAUUGAUAUCCUGCCACGCAUUCGAGCCAAGAAACUGCCAACGCCCACACCAUCACCAUCCCCCCCACGGCUAGCACCACCAUUACCACCACCAGUACCGGUUCCUCCUCCUUCUUCCCAGCCUCCUUUCCCUCCUCCUCUCCACCCUCUCCCUUCAUUCCUCCCCGUGCCACUUCCUCCUCCUCUCCCUCACUCCCCCCCUCCUACUAUCCCUCACUCACCUCCCCACCACCUGUUCUCACCUCCGCCCAUUCUCCCUCACUCGCCCCCUCCCCUCUCCUCUGCCUUGUCUUUACUCCAGUCGUCUUCCAAGGGGGCGGAGUGGAGGAGGGUCAUGGUUUUAUCACAGAGACAGGACCACUGGAACUUGAAGGGGGAGGGGGAUAGGGAGGAGCAGGGGGAGCGUUGGGGGCAGCAGCAGCAGAAAAAGCAGCAGCAGCAGCAGCAACAACAGCAGGGAGCAAGGGCUAACCUUGAGAUGUCGGUACCGCCUGGCUUUCAGCUGAGAAGGAGUGCGGAGGAAGGGCGGGGAAAAGUAAGGGAAGAGAGGGGGGAGGAAGGGGGGGUGGGCACUGGGGUAGGAGAUGAGGGAGGGAGUGUGGAGGCAGCAAAGGAUAUGGAGGAGGAGGGAGCAAGAGAGGUGCUGAUGGAACGAGAGACAGGCAGAGACAUGGAUUUAUGGGGAACUCAGGAUAGCAGGCCAGGAGGGAGGGGGGAGGAGGAGAGACGUAGAGGAAGACAAAGCGAGAAGGCAGGGGAAGGGGAUAGAUUCGAGGAUGAGGGGAAGGCAGGUAGGGGAAAGAGGGAUGAGGAAGCGAAGGAGGAAGAGCGAGCUGUAGCUGCUUCCGAGUCUGUUGCCUGCAAGCUGGAUGAGGCAAUUUUGAGACAUCUCACAACCGUUGGAGCUGCCUCCGAGUCUGUUGCCUGCAAGCCGGCUGAGGCAGAAGGCGGGGCGGCAGAAGGAAGGGCUGCGCGUAAGGGGAGUGGGAGUGGGAGUGGGAAUGGUGGAGAGAUGGGUAAAGCCAAGGCAGGAACAGGGGGGGCGAGUGUGCCUGUAGCAGGAGUGAGUGUAGCAGGGGGAAUCUUGACAGGGUUGCAGUUGCUGAUGGGGGGGGGGAAGGGAGGAGGAGGGGGGAUAGGGGGUGGGAGCAGAAAAGAGGAAGCAGGAGGAGCUGGAGGCAGAGAAGCAGGAGGAGGAGGCGGAGGAGGCGGAAGAGAAGUAGGAGCAGGAGGCAGAGAAGCAGGAGGAGGAGGCGGAAGAGAAGGAGCAGGAGGAGGAGGAAGAGAAUUAGGAGAGGGAGGAGGAAGGGAAGUAGUAGAGGGAGGACGAAGGGGAGAUGCGGAGGAGCAGAAGGGGAGUGUGGGGAAGAAGACAGCAGGGGCUGUUGCUGACAGUGUUGGUGCCGAGAAAUGUGGUGACUUCGAUAGUAGCCGUGCUGUUAUUGGUGGAGGUGUCUCUGGUAGUGAUGGUGAUGGGAUGGGGGAGAGAGGGGAAGGGAAAUUGGGAGCACUAGGGUUGGUUUCUGAACUGAAGAGUACCAGCGAGUCGACUGAAGGAAAACGUGGGGAGGAGAAAGGCAAGGAGGGAGGUGUAGUUGAGGAGUCGUCUGAGUUGGCCAGAGAGGAGUGGACACCUGUGGAGGGGAGGGUGGUAGGGAAGGGGGAGCUAGGAGGUGGUGCCGCAAUGGUGGAUAGGGGUUGUGCAUUGAGGGGAAGAGCCGCAACCGAGGGGAGUCAGGAGGAUGGCGAAGGAAGGGAGGGAAGAGGAGCAGCAGAGGAAGAGGGCGUUGAGGGGAUGAUCCCUGGACGGGAGGGAAGAAACAAGGAGAUGGAGAGAAAAGGAUGCCCUGACAGUAGUGAGAGUGAGGGGGAGAAGGAGAGGGAGAGGGAGAGGGAGAGGGAGAGGGAGAGGGAGAGGGAGAGGGAGAGGGAGAGGGAGAGGGAGAGGGAGAGGGAGAGGGAGAGGGAGAAGGAGAGGGAGAGGGAGAGGGGCAACGACAAGGGCAGGAGAAGGGAGACGGAGAGGGAAAGGGAGAGGCAGAGGGAGGGUGAGAGUGACAGUGGUUUGGAUGACCUUCCUCUUGCCAUGAGGCUGGUGCAAGGGGGGAGAAGGAACGGGGGUUCUGAGAUGGGAGGAGGAGCAGAAGGGAGAAAGAGGCGUGCCGAGCUGAAGUACAGGACUGGGUUGCAGGGGAGUGAUAGCGACGGGGAGAGGGAGGAGACGAGUGGGAGGAAGCGAGUGAGAAAGGAAAGGAGGGGGAGGAUGGUGGGGAGGGAGCAGGGAGACGUGAUGGGGGAGAUAAAUGGGGAGAGGGAGGAAGGCAGAAGGUUACGCUCACAGGAUAAUGAUGAAGGAAUGAGAGAACGUGAGAACGUCAGCCCUGUUGUGAAGAGACGACAGGAGACGGCAGAUGAGGAGCGAAAGGAGGGAGGCGGAGUGAGUGGAGAAGGGAGGGGACAGGAGAGGAGGGAGGCUGGGGAGGGAAGGAGGAAGGAGUGGCAAAAUGAUCUGGAGAAGAAAAAGAAGGAGGAGGAGGAGGAAGUGGGACAGGACCCUUGGUCUAUUGGAGCGCAGGGUGGGGAUGGAGAUGGGGAUUGUAUUGCUGCUGCUGCGGGCAGUGAUGUGACGCCUGAGGACCCACAUGCUGGCAGCGCUGCGAGCGAUGACAUUGGGGGCGAAACCGCGGGUGAUUCGAGAGCGAGGGAUGCGAACGAAGGAUAUGAGGGAUGGGAUGGGGGAGAUAAGAAUCAGGGCCAGUCGUCCAGAGAAGCUGAUCAGGUUGUGGGGUCCUUAUGUGACGACAAGCCAACCAUCCCCGGUCGCAGGAAUGGGGUGAUCACCACAGGCUCACCCAGCGGCAUCUCUCCUGUGAGGGAUAAGGCCAAGCAUGAGGGGAAGGAUGAGAGGAAGGAUGAGAGGAAGGAUGACACUAGGCAUGUGAGGCGUGGGACCAUGCAUGAGAGGAAGAAUGACACCAUACUGUCGCAUGGCGACGACAGGACGACAGGGGGGAAGGCUGGCACUGAGGCAGGUACAGCUGAGUGCGAAGGUGGGUCGAGUGAGGAUGAUCGAAGCGAGGAUGAUAGGUCUGCGGGUGAACAGAGUGCGGACGAGAAAAGGACGGCCGAGAGGAAGGAAUCUUUGACGGCGCAGCCCCUGUCCGCUCUCCAGACGCUGCUGAGCGGCAGCAAUGUGAGAGCAGCAUGGGAGGGAGUAACACCCAAGCUGGCGCUGGCACCCAAAAGAAUGGGUGUCGGCGUUCUUGGUACUGGGACUGCGCUGCGGGAAGGGAGGGAGAAUGAGGAGGAAGAGGAUGGGGAGGGGGAAGAGGAGGUGGAGGAGGAUGAUGAGGACGCGGAGGAGGAUGACGAAGAGGAGGAGGAGAGCGAGGAGGAAUCGGAGGAAGAGGAGGAAGAGGAGGAAGACGAAGAGAGUGAAGAAAGGGAGAGGAGUGAAGGAGAAGAGGGGGAUGUGGAAGGGGAGGGGGAGGCGAGAGGGGUAUCAGAGGGGGAUGGAGAGGAGGGAAUGGAGAAGAUGGAAGGGCAAGAGAGGGAGGAAUUGCUUCUGGGCCGAUUUAUGCUAAGGGCCCUAAGCAGCGGCCAAUGGAGGGAGGUUUCAGUAUCACUCUCCCGCCCGCUCUCUGGCCAAUCACAGCCACCUCUCCCCCCCUCAUACCUCCCACGAUCCACCUCCAUCCUUCGCCACACCUCCCCCUCGUUCACCCCCUCUCUGCACCUCGUCUCAUGGGCCAACAUCACCCACCACAUGUCCCUCGGCUCGGCUCUCCGAACCGAAGCUGCAGCUUUGGCAGCCGAGGGGCUGGACUCCAAGCCUAAGAAUCCGGGUCGUCCUGUGGUUCGGCGUGCGCCUCGUCAGCUUUCCGAACCACUGCGUCUCCUGGAACCGAGCCUGGCCUUGCCAGCUCAGAUUGCCGAACCUGAGCUUUGUACAGUGAGCAAGCGGGAAGCAGCGAAGCCGAUCGAAGCAGAAUCGGCUGGAGACAAAGAACCACUAGCUCGAGAAGAACCACAGGCUGGCGAAGCACCACAGGCUGCUCACAACCACAAGUUGCCUGAGGAGAAGGGUGAGGUGGCUGGUUUGAAAUCGGAAAGCGGUUUGGUAUGCCUCGAAUCAAAGCCCAUCCAAGUGGAAGAAGCAGCUGUUGUUGAGGCGGCCUACAAGUCGCCUGAGGAAGGGCGUGCUGUGCGAGCGACUUUUGAGAAUUCUCAAAGAUCUGGAACAAAAGGGCAAGGUGCUGACUCCCUUAUGGGGAUGAAGCAAAAGCCAAGCCUAGUACAUCAAGCACUUCCACCGAGCCAACUGGAACGAGAGGCUGAGUCGGCGCAGAAGCCACUUAAAGGACUUGACUUGGUCGCCCAUUCCAAUGCAGGGGCGGUUGCUGUUGAGGAUGCAGCAGUAAUCGCCCCUUCCCUUCAUACAGUGGCUCUAGAAGGUGGAAGGGAAGGGGAGAAGGGGUUAAGAGGAGGCCCAACUGAGAAUAGAGAGGUGGGGAAGGAGGAAAAGGAGGAGGGUGGUGAGAAGGGUCCCGAUGCGAGUAGAUGUGAUACUGUGUUGAGUGGUCAUCAGCGGGCGUCAAAUGUGAAAGCGGGCAAGACUGGAGGGUACAGAGGUAGCUUCCUCGACUGGGGUGGUGGUGGGGGGAGUGGAAAGAGGGAGAGGGGUGAAGGGAAGGGUAGUGGUAAUGGCUUGACAGGGGGUAGUGGGGAGAUUGGGCGUGGUGGUGUGGGUGGGGAUAGGACAGCAGGUGCUGGUGGUAAGGUGAAGGAGGAGGGGGAAAAGGAUUUGUUUAUGAUGACCUUUGAGCAGAGACUGCAGGCCGAGUUUGCUGCAAUGAGGGGUGAUGGAGGGAGGAUGGAGAAAGAGGGUAGGAUGGGAGUGCAAGAGAUGGUUGUACGGGGCUCGAAGGAUAGCAAGGGGCUCGAAGCAGCUCAAGGUACGGUACGGAAGGAAGGGGAAGGCUGGGAAAAGGGAAGGGAUAGGGGAGGAGAUGGGAGGGGAGAGAGGGAAGGAGAGGGUAGAGGAGAAGAACAGUGGAGGGGAGGAGUGGAGGGAAGAGGAAUGGGCAGAUGGGGGCCGUCGUAUUAUCACAUGGACCAGAGUGCUUAUAGGCAUGAAGCGGUUCAGAGUGGCUACUGUCAUGCAGCAGCAGACGAUGGUGCUUAUAGACAGGGAGCAGGCCAGGAGAGGGGUGAGUUUAAAGGGAGGGUUAGGGAUGAAGGGCGGGAGGGAAGACGAGAAGGGGUUAUGACGAUACAUAGGAAGGAUGAGUGGAGGGAGGAGUUGCUUAGACAGAGGAUGAGAGAGAAGCAGGUGGAGAUGGAGAGAGAGGAGAGGGAGAGGGAGAGGGAGAAGGAGAGGGAGAAGAGGCGAGGUAGGGAGGGCGGUGAAGAAAAGGGAAGGCAUAGGAGGAAGGAGAAAAGGAGGAGGAAGAGAAGGUUUGCAGAAUGGUCAUCGGACGAAUCGUGGCUAGAGUCAGGGAGGGAAGGGGGCGGUGAGAGAAAAGGGGCAGAGGAAGGAACAUUUGGUGCAGGUGCAUCUGGUGCAAGGGAGGGUGAAUGGGAAAGAAAGAGAGACGGUGAGGCAGGGGAGAGGGAGAGGGAAGAGGGGAGUGAGGAAGAUUCCAGAGGAGGGAGUAAAGGCAGGAGGAGCAAGUGGAAGAAGAAAAGAAGGAAGGGUGCUGGGAAAGAUGCAGAAGGGAGUGACAGUGAGCACGGAAACAAGGACAAUGAGGAGAAGGAGGAGGAAGCCAGCUGGCGCGUUCCUAUUGGCACAGAGCGCCAGCUCAUGCGAUACCUGCAGAAGGCUUCAGCUGGUGCCAUUCAUGGUUCAGUUGAUAUGUCUGCUGCUGCAACUGCUGAUGUUGCUGCGUCCGGUUCAGUUCCGGGGUCCGUUCCACCUGCAGGAAAGAGUUCUGCCUUUGCUUCCUUCCGCGCCCGAACAGAGAGGCAGUUGAUUCUGGCUACUCGGCAAAAGGAAGAAUCAACUGCAUUCCUUGGGCAAGGGAGUGAGUCAGAGGAAGAUUCUGGGAAAGAGGAGGACGAUGUGGAGAGAAAGGGGGUGCUGUUGGGGAGAGGGCCGGAGGGAAAGCUUUCAGCGUUAAGAGAGGCGAGUGGGGGGAGUGAUGGGAUGCAUUGGGAGGAGGGAGAAGAAGAGGAGGAGAAGCAGAGGAAGAGGCACAAAAAAAGGAUGGAGGAAGAGGAGGAGAUUUGGGAGGAGAGGAAGGUGAAGAGAGAGCGGGAGAGGAGGGAGAAGAGAGAGAAGAGAAAGGAGGAGAGGAGGGAAAGGGAGAGGAGGGGCAAGGAGAGGAUGACCUGUGCACGUGUGGAGUGGGGCGGGUGGGAAUGGAGGGAGCACGUGAAGCAAGCCGCACAGAAAGAGGCCCUGAAGCAGCGAGCCGAGGCGUACUAUAAAGGGGACAGAGGGGAAGGAGCAGUAGAAGCAGAUGCAGAAGGGUCAGGGCCAGGCACAGGCGUAUCCAUGCGGACUCCCCGCCUGCUCUCCCGGGCUAACCUCUCCCACCUCUCCCAAGCGAAGCUCCCGGGAUUCUCGGACGGAACGGGGGGGUUGGCUGGAGGGGGAGCAGCAGCAGCAGGGGAGGAAACAUGGGAGGGAGCAGGUGCGGGGACGGGUGUGGGGAGUGGCCCAUCCCUUCUAGGCAGCGCCAGGAGCAGUAGAGCUUUGUUACGGCAGCUAGCGGUGGGUUCAGAGGGGUUGGAAGGGGUGCGAUUCAAGCAGCUCAAGGGGCGGAAGAAGAGCCUGAAGCUGGUGAGGAGCCGGAUCCACGGGUGGGGGCUGCUGUCCCUGGAGAGGAUCGAGGCGGGCGACUUCAUCAUCGAGUACACCGGCACCAUCAUUCGCCGAUCGGUGUCGGAGCUACGGGAGAAGAUGUAUGAGGCGGAUGGCAUUGGCAGCAGCUAUCUGUUUCGAGUGGAUGAGGAUGUGGUGGUGGAUGCUACUCGCAGCGGCGGUCUCGCUCGAUUCAUCAACCACUCUUGUGAUCCCAACUGCUACACCAAGGUGAUAGUGGCAGAGGGGCACAAGCACGUAGUCAUCUACUCCAAGAGGGUGAUCCAAGUGGGCGAGGAGCUCAGCUACGACUACAAGUUCCCCAUCGAGGACGACGCAAAGAUCCCCUGUCUCUGCCUCUCCAGAAAGUGCCGAGGCUACCUCAACUGAUUCUCAAAGAAAGCAGCCUGUCUUCCAUGUCUGCUCUGCUCCCAUACAAGUGAAUCGGCAUCUCUCUCCAUAUGGCUUUUGUGGCCACACGCCAAGUGCCGAGUGCUUCAAGAUUCUUCCAUCUUCAACAAUCAUUGUCUUCAACAAUCAUUGUCUUCAAGAAUCUCCAACCAUCUUCAGCCGCCUCUGCUCUCUGGUUUGGCUCUUGACUGGCCUCAGUUUGGCACAGUGGUGUUGAACAGGAGAAGGUUGAGGAUAAACUCCAGUGUUCAGUGCCGCUUCCUCCACCGCAUCUCUAUUCAAUGCUCUACAACACGGGAGGGACCCAUUUGUGUCUAGUGUAGGCUUUCUAGACUUCCUGACAGGCGGCAGCAGCACGAUAAACCCCUAGGCGACAGACUGACUUGCUCCAAGCGUCUUCUCUAGGCGACUCAGAAUGCACGGCUUGGGAGGCUGGUGCUACAACUGCUGUCAUUCUGAUAUUUCUUUCCAUCUCAAGGCUUCUCGCUGUUCGCCAAUGGCCAUGGUACUACAGGAUACAGCUGCCACGGAAAGGAGAAGGAGGCAAGGAGAAAGGGGAAAGGAGAAAUGGGAAUGGGAACGAGGAAUGAGGAAAGAAGGGCAAACGGGAAAGGAGGAAGAGGACUGGGAGAGGGAGAAAGGGGAAGGUUGGAGGCAACCCCCGACCCUCCAUCCACUGCAGUGUUACUGGCAGCGGUUCCUUCUCGGCAGCACGCAGCAUUGCUGAAUACUAUUUUUGAGGCGCCUCAAGAGUCCUUCUCAGCAGCACGCAGCAUUGCUGAAUACUACCCUUAUCUUUUGACUUCAACGAAGACACCAGCAGCAGCAGCAGCAGCAGCAGCAGCAGCAGCAGCAGCGCUACAUGACAAUGACAACUCCUGGCUGUUGGCUCCUGGUUUAACACCUAGACCCUUGCUUUCUUGGAUUCAUCUAAUUCUUGAAACGAAUACCUGGACAACUGCCACCUGCGGCCAUGUGCGUGCAUGCAUUCUGUCGCUCCAUUCCACUCAUCAAGCACCAGCCAGAGGAGAGGGCUUUCGUCUGGACUCCGGUCCGGUCUGAUGCAGGUGGAAUGCACGAGUGUAGCAAGCAAGCAACACCUUCUGCCACCAGGCCCAUGCUGGAGGUGGUAGUACGGGUAGUAGAUAUCUAAAUACCACCUCACUGACACGGUGACGUGACACCCAUCUGGCUCUUGGUACAGUUUAGCAGCAAGCAAGUGGCAUGUAAAUAUUCCUACAGUUGCAGGUGGGGUGGGGCCUCGCAUGCUGCUGACCAAGAAGUGCGAGCUGUUGUUGCGAUGCCAGGUCUUUGGAACAUCCCGCAGCAGCAAGCAGCAUGAGUUACACGAAUAAACUACUAGUGCUACCUGCUUUACUCCAGACUAGAGCCACGUUCUGCGUUGUGGAGCCAGCCAGCCAGCCCUUGGCUCUGUUUUGGAGUAAGAGGCCUGUGGCACACAGCUGGCGUGACAAUGAGUGUGAUCAUAUGGCUCAUGUCCCCCCGUUACAGGGCCAGUGAUUCAAGGGUAUUUCACCCUGAUCACCCUGUCAAACAUAUCUUAGUAUAUUAUUGUAGACUAUAUAGGUUUGUGCCUUAGAGGGUACAACACGCUAGCCUAUAUUGCCUUGUACUCUCACACUCUAG